AUGUCACUAAUACACGUAGACAGUAGGAAACAGCUGGAACAGAUCGUUACCGCUCUACACAAGGGGAACAAACACUGGCUGGUCGUUCUGUACUUCCACACACCUUCCGAUAGAAGAUGCUCCCCAGUGGACAGGAUAUUCCAGGACGCAAACGCCAAAUACAACGACGAUAACAUGCUCUUCCUGUUCAUAGACACAGAGACGCAUGAAAACAGCGGGAUUGUCGACCUGUUCCACGUGGAACAGGUGCCCUACUGCGUCAUACUCAGAGACGGGUACAUCCUGCAGAAACUCGCCUAUGCGGACUUGCAAGCGUUUCUCGUGACACUCGACGAGUGUGCUCCGAUCAUAUACAACCUACACGCGGACGACAACAGAACUGAACAGCAAGAGCACCAGCAAAAACAGGUCGGAGACUCAGAGAAUCAACUGGGUAUCGAACGACUCGUGAACGCGGCACCCGUAAUGUUGUUCAUUAAGGGCACCCCUUCGAAACCAAAGUGUAGGUUCUCGAAACAGGCGGUCGAGCUCGUCCGUGCCAGUGGCGUCCGGUUCGGGUUCUUUGACGUGCUAAGGAACGCCACAGUCAGGGAUCUCGUCAAGGAACACGCGGACUGGCCCACUAUCCCAAUCGUGUACGUCAAUGGCGAGUUCCAGGGAGGGCUCGAUAUACUAAGGGAAAACCUCGCAGAGGACCCGCAGUACUUCCAGAAAAGAAUAUGA